UCCUCUCUUUUUCUGUGUCAUUUUCUAAUAAGCUAAAAUCAAUCUGACAGAACAGAAGACAAACAUCAAGGCAUACAAACACAUACACGCACACACACACAUUUCUCUCUUCCCUGUUCAGUGAUUAUAUAACUGCUUACUGAUCAACGCAUGCUGACUAGUAUGAGUCCGGACUUCCCCAGAGCACUCUCUCUCUCUCUAGCCUCUCUCUCUCUCUUUCUCUCCACCACACUUCUUUUCCUUCUCCUCUUUCUCACACUUCCCCCUCUCUAUCUCUUCCCUAACCCUUUCCAAUUCAAUCUCCUGUUCUGCCUCCCUGUACACCCCUUUCCUUUUUUUUUUUUACAUCUCCUCCUUACACACAUCCACAAGACUGCAGCAGUGGGAGACCGAGAACCUCUGUGAAUCUGUGCAUGAGCGUGUGUGUCCGUGGUGUGUGCCAAGAGCGUGUUGAAGUGUGAGACCCCCUCAGUGAUGCGAGAAACUGAGAAAUAUAUCCUGGACUUUUCUGGAAUUUAAACCCUCCUCCCAAGCUUCUUCGAGCAGAUCCUCACUUUUUUUUAUUCAGCGUGGACGUGCAACACCGUCCGUGUCUUCGCACUCACGCACACACUUUCUACGACGUGAGUGUGUGUGCUUGUGUGUGAGGCACAGUUCCGGCAUCACCUUAAGCAACACUGCGAGUGUCUCAGCUCCUCGAGCCUUCCCCAGAGAGAUGCGCUAAGUGAACGGAGAUGUCCCAGUGCAACGGGAGGCUGCAGCUCUCGUUCUGCUCUCAUGCUCCUCUCAGGGAGUGAUGGUUAGUAAGGAGGCUGGCCCCUGCGUCCUGUCAAAUUCAGAGUCAGACUCAGAGGCCGGAGGUCCAACCCUUGGAAGUGAGAGCACUAGAAGUGGGGACGUAGUGCACAAAAGGAACAAAGCCUUGCAGGUCCGCUUCAAGGACAUCUGCGAAGCCCAGAAUGAGGCAGCACGUCUAGCCCGGGGAGACAGAGCACAUUCUGUUUCAUGCAAGGUCGUACACACAAGGUACAUGACCAUGCCGGCACGCCGAUCCAUACCUAAUGUGACCAAGAGCACAGCAGUGCAAACAUCACCUGAAUUAAAAAAGCAUUAUCAGACUUUUCCCUUUGAUCGCAAAAAGGGGCACACUAUCAAACACACAGCUUUGGUGGAGAACUAUGAUAACCAAAACAAUGGAUUCUUAAGUGAAGUGCAAGCUACAGAGGAGGAAAGGCCACAUGGGGCAAGGGUACAGAAGACUCGAGUGCUUCUGCACAGUAUGCCAUCAUGUACUGAUGUGCAGGAUUUGUGCCCAGAUAGCAGCCUGGAUUCCACAGGUCAAGGCAGGGAGGCAGAUGCAACACUGCAUCAACCAGACUCAAAGGAAGAAGAGUGUGUCCAAGGAAGUAGCUCCAAGCACAAAGGAUUACCCAAUCAGACUGAAAUCCGAAUAGACCAAGAGCCCAACUGCACCAAAAGCUCCUCCUCAUCUUCAUCAACACAACCUCUGCAGGACAGAGGUGUCAUUUCAAAGGUUACAGGUCCCAUAGCAUGGACAUCUUUGACACAAGUGGAAUGUCUGGACAGUCCCUCAGUGCAGUGUAAACGUAAAAAAGAUCCUGUGCCAUUGAACGGCCUGCAGUCUCAGACCUUACCACGUGCAGCCAGCUGCCCCUCCCAGGAUACAAGUCAGGCUCACUCCCAUGGUAGUUUUGGCUUUGGUGGUCUGGAAACCCAUGAAGUCACCAGGGGCCAUGUAUGUGGGCAGAUGAUUUCACUGCCGGGAACAGAUGGAGAUGUGAAAGCCCGACUGCAGGCUAUGGAAACUCUCAUCAGUUCAAGCCAGGAGACUAUUAAAGUGUUGCUGGGGGUCAUUCAGGAACUAGAGAAGGGAGAGGCACAGAGGGAGGGCCGGCUAUCAUACCGAACAGGGCAGGAUACAGCCAACUGUGACACAUGCCGCAAUAGUGCCUGCAUCAUCUACAGUGUGGAGCUGGACUUUAAAUUGCAAGAAGACAAACUCCAGCCAUUGAUGACAAGAUUAUGUCCAGCAGUAGAGCCGGCCUACCCUUCUCUGCCUUAUACGCAUGAAGUCUACACUUCCACCCCCAAACGCAAGUCCAAGACCGAAGCCAAGAAGCAUGCACGCUGGAGACUCUGGUUUCUCUGAAUCAUGACUUUUACCUCUCUUAUUUCACUUAUCACACCAUAACAAACACCCAGCAGCCCACUUGUCUAAUUCUGCACUGACAAACAGACAUUGGAUUUGAAUGAGGAAUCACAUUUGUUUUCAUCCUAUCCUUUUUUAUAAGAGCCUGGAGACUGGAAUCAUGUUUACUAAAAUUUUUUUGAAUUUUUUUGUUUAAUGUCUAAAGCAGGACGAACGAUGGCGAGCAUUUUGGAUAAGAAAGAUUAGGGCUACUAGUAUAACCGAGAAAAAAGAACAAACAAAAGUCUUUAUCUCUUUGUUUUGUUCUAAAUCCUGUUUCCUUCUGCAGGGGCUCAAUAGAGUGAAAGAAAUAGUUUGAUAUUUAUCUAUCACAACCAGAUGGCAAAGCACAAACUUUAGGGAGAAUAUGAUUGUUUAAUGUUAUUUCCUUUCUUUCUUGCUUUCUUUUAUUCAAAGAAAUAGUAGAUUGGCUCAGACUUUGAAAGACAAUGUGUACAUGCAGAAUUAAUUGACUGCAUGCAAAACACAUGGCUUUAUAUAUGACUACUUUAGUUUGUAGCUAACUUUAUAUAUUUUUCAUUAAAAUGUUAGAUGUUGAGGAGUUGGCUCUUGAGGAGUAAAUGAGUUGGGUGUUUGUAGUAUUCUAUAAGCUCAAGAGGAGCUUUCUCUUUAUGUGCUCUCAGAAACAAAUGCUUUACUAUAAAUUGUAUGACUUUUGAUUUCAACAAUAGUCUGUUUUUCAUAUAGAAUGAUAGCUAAGGUAGUAUGGCUAAGACGAUUGUAAAACAACAACAUUUAGUGGUACCCUCUCAGGCUAAUUGUUUUAUUACAACAACAGCCUAACAACACAACCACUGGAACUGUACCAGUUGUGUACAAAACUCAAAACUUAAAACUCUUUGCGACCUGAAAAGUGUAAUGAUACAGACUAAAAAGAGGGCUAUGUAAAUAUCUUAUUUAUAUAAAUGUAAACAGUUAUUACUUGUUUAGCUUUGUAUUAGUCACUCAAGAAUUGUUGACUUCCCUCAAGCUAUUAUUUAACCUACAUUGACUUUAAUGCAAAGUGCAGUAUAAUGUUAGGAACCAAUCAAUGGAUAUCCAUACAUCAUUAAACCAUAUAUUUUUUUAUAAUUCAGAAACAUAUUAGUUUAAAUUUACAGUUGAAUUGCACAGUGUGGACUAGCUGUAAGUGUAGCAUUAUGAGACACAGAUGCAUUGCUUUACCUUUGAGAAAGUGCAAUUGAUUUAUAUUGUGCAAUAUUCUACAUUUUAUACUCUUUCUACCCACAAACAAUGCAUUUACAAUAAAGAAACUGCUGCAAUGCCUGGCCUCUCAUUUUUAAACAAAAUCAAUAUUUCAAAAGCAUGCAAAAGGAACACUGUCUUUGUUUAGGAACACCUAAAAUGUAGAUCAUGGCAAUCAGCUCAUAGACCAGAUUUAGCCAUGCUCUGAAAAGGACUCAGCUGCAGGAUUUGAAGGUGCAAACUUUUUUUUUUUGGUGAAAUUGAUUGGCUCCAGCUCUGGCAUGCUGCACAGACAUGCCCUGUGAUUGGACUCCCUCCAGUGAAACACCUGCUGCCCAGAU